CUGCCUCGGGGUGGGGGAGGUCGUGAAGGGGGCGAUAAAAUGGCGCAGGGGGCGGAGUGAGGUGUUGCGGCUCGCCCAGGCUUUGGCCCGGCUUCCGGAGGAAGGUGGGAGUCAAUCACUUUGACACGUCUCCUGAAAGGAACAACCAGCAGGAGUUGAAACCUUUUUCCAUUUGGUCUCGUGGCAAAGGCAGAGAUUGCUCCAACAGCUCCACACAAUAUGACGUGUUCACUCUUGCCCUCUGAACAGUCUUCUGGUACCUCUUUUCUGCCUAAAGACAAUGCCUCAUUUUCUUGGGGUUCCUCGGAUGAAGAUGAGUUGGAUGACUCCUUGUUGGAGUUUUCUGAUGGAGAAGAAGAUGAUGGCCACUUCAGUUUCACGGAGGAAGAGAUUGAGAUGCUCUUGAAGGAUGAUGAUGGUGGGCAUAAUGAGUAUAGAGCAAGAAAAAGUCAAAUUCUACCCAAUACUCCUCAAGAAAAUUCUUUGUACAGCUUGGGACCAGCAGCUGAAACCCCUGGCGUUCUCAAACUACCUCAACUAAGUACAUCAGUUGGUCAUGGACCAACUCCUAGUAAAUCAUUAAACAGACACUUUGUACUUGAAAAGAAUCUUAUAAAAGUAACUGUUGUUGCACCAUUUAAUCCAACAGUUUGUGAUCCUGUGCUUGAUAAAGACAAGAUCGAUUCCUCCAAAGAAACAGAAAAACCUGCCUCCCUUCGGGAACAGACGAAAGAAGAUGAUCUUCAUCCUAAUGAGAGUAAACGUUACACUGAACCUGAAGGGGUCAGUCCCAGUAACUCUGCUUGGGAUGGGCCCCUGCUUCCUUCUCCUUCAAACAUCGAACAAACUGCCUCUGAUAAAAAUAUACCUGAAAGUAAGAAACCUACUCCUGUGUUCUCUCAGAUCUCCAACCAUUCAGAGGUAUCCAACAGGAAAAAUAGUGGAUCACAUAAAUCAGGUUGUGAAGUGAGAAUUCCAGUUGUGUCCAGUUCAUCAAACAGACAUGCCUUUGACAAGGAUUCUGGGGAGGCAAGAGGUGAGAGAAGACUAGGCAAAGUCAUCCCCGUUCUCCAAACCAGAACCAGGAUGUUUUCACAAUCAGAUCUAGAAAAACAGAAGGACAUUUAUCUCAGCAAAGUCAUUGCUCAUAUAGAAGACCCAGGGGACUCUAACCAAGGGUUUCUCUGUGCAGCCCUAGCUGUCCUGGAACUCACAGAGAUCUACGGCUUCUGCCUCCUGAGUACUGGGAUUAAAGACAUGCACCACCACCACCACUGCCUCACUUAACUAUUACUUUUUGUUUGUUUGUUUUUUUAGAUAGGGUUUCUCUGUGUGUAGCUCUGGCUAUCCUGAAACUCUGUAGACAAGGCUGUGAGAUCCACCUACUACUGCCUCCCAAGCACUGGGUUAAAGGUGUAUGACACUUCACUCAGCUAAAUAUUACUUCUUAAGAUCAUCUAAUGUUUAGUCCACAUUCCAGUUUCUGUUUUCAAUAUCCCUAGGUAACUUGAGGCAGAAUCUGAUGAAGUUUCCUGUCUUUAGUUAUUAUCUCAGACUCUUUUUUUCACAUUCUGAAUUUUGUCUGAUCACUUCUUUAGUGCCAUUUAGUUUGAUUUUCAUUUCCUAUAUUUCCGUAAACUAGAAGCAGGAUUGGAUUCAAAUUAAGCAUUCUGGGCAGAGCUAGUCUAAAGGGCUGUUAGGUGCCUUUGUGCUCUAUCUACCCUGACACUUAGUGACAGGUUGUUGAACUAACGUUACCGAGUUUGUUAAGGUGUUAGUGGACUUUCCAUUAUAAGGUACUUUUUUUUUUAAAGAUUUAUUUAUUUAUUAUAAGCACACUGUAGCUGUUUUCAGACACUCCAGAAGAGGGCAUCAGAUCUUAUUACCGAUGGUUGUGAGCCACCAUGUGGUUGCUGGGAUUUGAACUCAGGACCUUGGGAAGAGCAGUUGGUGCUCUUAACCACAUUUUGCACUCUAAUUACUGUAGUUUAUGGGGUGAUGCCUUGGUACCGUAUGAAUAUCCUAUUCCCCUAUAUUCAUUAGUGAUCUUCAUCUGAAUUAGCUGUUAUAGCAGGACACAGAAAGUGUUUCUACCCCCCCCCCACCUCUCUCUAUAUAAUCUUUAGUCUUUCUAUUUUAGAAUAUGUAUUUAUCGACAGUUUUAUACAUGUAUACAAUGUAUUUUGAUUGCAUCCACCUUCAUCUCAUUCCUCGUUUCUCCCAGUGAGCUGUAUUCCAGCCCUCAUGAGUUUUUUAAAGUUAUGUUUAUAGUUCUUAUUUUUUAAGAGAAAAUUACGUGUGUGCGUGUUUUGCUUGCAUGAAUGAUUGUGCUCUGUGUUUGUAUCUGAUACCCAUGGAAGCCAGAAGACGGUGCUGGAUCUCAUGGAGAUGGAGUUACAGAUGGUUGUGAACAGCUAUACGGGUGCAGAGGAUUGAACCCAGGCACUCUACAGCCAGCAGCAAUUGCUUUUAACUUCAGAGCCAACUUUCUAGUCCCAGUUCCUAGUCUUUUUGCUGGUCAGUUUGGUCUCAAAUUUGACCAUUCGGAGCUCCUUCAAGCUGAAUCCUACUCUCAUACCAGCAUUAAUCUUUUUUUAUGUUAUUAUUUUUUUUGGUUUUUUGGAUUUGUUUUUUUUCGAGACAGGGUUUCUCUGUAUAGCCUUGGCUGUCCUGGAACUCACUCUGUAGACCAGGCUGGCCUUGAACUCAGAAAUCCGCCUGCCUCUGCCUCCCAGAGUGCUGGGAUUACAGUCAUGUACCACCACUGCCUGGCCUUUUUUUAUUUUUUAAUUGCUGCUCAAAAAAGCAUAACAUUUAUUUUAUUAACCCAUUUAUAAGUGCCAUGCAAGUCGGGUAGUCAGUUAUGUAAGUCUCCAGAAUUUUUCAUAUUCCAAAUCUGAAAUUCUGUGCCUGUCAGUAAGCAGCUCCUUUCUCUGCAUACGCCAGUCCCUGGUUAAUGUCAUUCUGUCUUCAGUUAUUAUAAAUUUGACUACUUAAGAUACUUCAUAUUGAUGAAAACAUACAUACUUUGUUUUCUCAGGAAUGACUUACUCCACUUGAUGUGUUCAAGACUCACUCAUAUUAUAGCGCAUGACAGGAACUCUUUUUAACCUCUUCUGUUGUAAAUGUGUACAACUAGUAGGCUUGGUUGUUGUGACUAGUGCUGCUGUGAACAUAGGUCUGUAAGUGUAUUCUUUGGAGAGUUGGUGGUUGCUUGUUUUGUAGUCUGUUGUUUGUUUUAAGAUAGGGUCUCACUUUGUAGUUCAGGCUGCCUUGAAACUCAUUGUAUAGCCCAGGCCAGCUUCAAAUUUGUGGUUAUCUUCCUAACCUUAGCCUUCUGAAAGCUAAGAUUACAAAUAUGAGCCACCAUGCUUAGCUCAAUUCUUUGUGAUACAUAUCUAAAUGUAGACCAAGUAUUAGUUUUAUUUUUCUGUGUUUUGAAGAAUCUCCAUACCAUUUAAUCUAAUUUUUGUCAUCGAUUCUUUUCUUUUAUUAAUUAUAUAUUUUUAUUUUUGUCUUUUGUCUAUCUCAAGGUCAGAAUUACUGCCUUGUCUUUUACAGUCUUAGCUAUGAGAGUUAGAUCUAUUUCCCAUCCUGAAAUUAUUUUGUACAUAGUAAAAGACAUUAGUCAAAAUGGUUUUUGUUGCUUUUUUCUUUAUUUUAUUGAUUUUUAAAAAUGACAUUCUGUCUGAGUAUUUACGUGCCACAGCAUGAACAUGGAAGCCAGGGAACAACUUGCAGAAUCAGUUCUCUACUCUGACCACGUGGGUGUCAGAGAGUGAUGUCUGGUCAUCAGCUUGGUAGGCAGCACCUUAUCUCUGAGCCAUUUUGUUGGCCUGAAUUUUAGUUGUUUCUUUACUGUCUAUUAUGAGAACAACUCAGUUUUGACUAAGUUACCUUUGUAUUUUUGUUAAAAAUCAAUUAACCUAAGCCUAUAGAGAAAAGAAUCUAAUAUGUUCCAUUAAUUUUAUUUUGCGGUUAUUUUGGCUAUUGUGUAUUUUCUUUGUAUUGAUGCAUAAAUGUCAUUUAAUUUUUAUUUUACUAUGUGUAGGGUGUUUGCCUGAAUGUAUGACUAUGUACAUGUAUCCUCAGUCAGAUGAGGGCAUUGUGUCUCCUAAAACUAGAGUUACGGGAUGGCUGUGAGCUGCCGUGUGGUUGCUGGAAAUUAUAGCCAGGUCCUCUUGAAGAGCAGCCAGUGCUCCUAACCACGGAGCCAUCAUUUUCACCCCCCAACAGAUAAAUUAUAGAAUCAGCCUAUCAAUUUAUUUAAAAAGUCUGCUUGGACUUUUACUAAAAUUGCAUUGAAUUUAUAGAAAUUGGGUAAAAUUUAGCAAGAAUAUUUUGAUUGAUCAUUAUUAAGAAUGAUCCUGCCAGGCGGUGGUGGCGCAUGCCUGUAAUCCCAGCACUCUGGGAGGCAGAGGCAGGCGGAUUUCUGAGUUCAAGGCCAGCCUGGUUUACAGAGUGAGUUCCAGGACAGCCAGGGCUAUACAGAGAAACCCUGUCUUGAAAAAACCAAAUCCAAAAAAAAAAAAAAGCAAAAAAAAGAAUGAUCCUUAAUUAUUCAAAUCUUUCAUUUCUUUCAGCAGUAUUUUUGUAACCUCAGUGUCUUCAAGCUGUUCUGUAGCCCAGACUGGCCUUAAACUGCUUAUUCUCCUGAUUUACAUCCUGGAUGUUAGUCUCGAAGGCUUGAAUGUCUGUGUAUAGCUGCCAUGUAGCUUUUGAUGUGCACUCUUACACAUCCUUGGUAUCCCUUCGUAUGUCAUAUGGUGAUGCUUUUGCCACAGGUAGAUUUUAGAAUCUGAGUGUCUCUCUAGUUAUGGUAGCACACACCUGUAAUCUCAGCAUCCAGGAGGCUGAGGCAGGAAGAUAAGGGGUUUGAGACCAACCUGAAUUACAUAAGACCCUGUCUCAAAAAAAGAAAAGCUUCUCCUACACACACACAAAUAAGUACUUGUCCUGUGAUAGCAUAUUAAAAAUCCAGAUGAUUCUUAUAAAUCAAAACUUGCUUAUUAGGGUUUUUAAAUAGAUUUCAUCAAGGAGCUGGAUGUGGUAGCACACACUUUUAAUCUCAGCACAGGGGAGGCAGUGGCAGGUGGAUCUCUGAUAAUUGGGGCCAGCAUGGUCUACAUAACAAGCUCCAGGACAGCCAGGGCUAUGUAGAAAGACCCUGUCUCAAAAAUAAUAAUGAAAGAAUUUUCCUUUUUUCCUCCCUUCUUUCUGUGUGUGUGUAUGUGUGUGUACCUGUACAGAGGACUGCUAAUAUGAUACUCUUCUACACUGCCAUACUUCCUUGAGAACUGGCUAUCUUGAUCAAACCUCAAGCCCCAGGUUAGGUUAGGCAGGCUAAAUAAUCUUUCAAGAUCCUAGAUCCAUCAGUCCUCCAGCUCUGGAGUUAUAGGCAUGUGUGGCCAUACACUUUGUUUUAUUUUUCAGGACUGAGUUCCUCUUUGUAACGCUGGCUAUCCUGGUUGCUGCUGUAUGUAGACUAGGCUGGCCUUGAACUCAGAUCUGCCUGCCUCUGUCUCCCACAUCCUGGGACAAAAGGUGUGAGCUACCACACAUGAGUCUAGCUUGACUUGCUGGAGAUUCAAACUCAGAUCCACUUCUCUGCCUUUCAUCAGGUGUUUUUUUUGUUGUUGUUUUUUUGUUUUGUUUUGAGAUAGUCGUACUGUGUUUUAGAACUGUGUAAAACGGUUUACAGGGACCUGCCUGUCUGCCUCUGGAGUACUGGGAUUUAAAGGCCUAUGCCACCAUGCCUGGGCUAUUACCAGGUCUAUACAGAUAGCUAUGUUGUUAGCAAAUAUGCUUUUACUUGUUUUUUUUUAAAUUUGCUUUUUUACUAUAUUGCAUCUAAAUGCAACAUUUAAUACAAGUAAUGAGAUCUUUGUUUUUAGUAUUAGGGGAAAACAUUGAAUUUUUUACCAGUUAUGAUAGAGUUUUCUAUAGGUUUCUCUUGAGUAUACUUUAUUAAUUUGAAGAUGGUCCUUCAGUUAUAGUUGGAAGUUUCAUUGGAAAUGAUAUUGUCAAAAUAUUUCAUUGGAAAUGGAUAUUUUUAAAUAUUUUAAAUGUGUCUACUGAAAUGAUCACAUAGUUAUUUCUACUAAUACAGUGUUAUACUUGAUUUUUCAGUGUUAACCUCUUUUAUUCCUGAUUUUAUGCAUAUUCCCAAAUAUUUAUUCCUGAUUUUAUGCAUAUUCCCAAAUAUUUUUGUCUAAUAUUGUUGGAUUGAUAAUUAUUUAUUUACAGAUUGUGUGUGUGUGUGUGUGUGUGUGUGUGUGUGUGUGUGUGUGUGUUUCAAGACAGGAUUUGCCUGUGUAGCCCUGGAUGUUCCGGAGCUCUCUUUUACAGACGGUACUUUAUUGUAGUUGUUGUAGGUUUUUGGUUUGGUUUGGUUUGGUUUUUUUGAGACAGGCUCUCCUAUAACCCGGGCUGGCCUUGAACUCGUCAUGUAUUUGGGAUGACCUGAACUGCUGAUUCUCCUCUGCUUUCAUCUGUGAACAUCUGUGAUAUCUUUUUUCAUUUAUUAAUGUAUUUUUAAAAUUCUCUUAACAGUGUUUUCAUAUCAUAGGUUUUCAUAUCAUAACAGCUUUUAUUAUCAUAGGUCUUGUACACUUUUUGUUAAGUUCAUUCAUGAGUAUUUAAUGCUUUUUUAUGCUGUAUUAAAUGAUAUUUUACUUUUUUAUUAUUUAGUUGGUUAUUGCUAGAAUAUAGAGAUACUGAUUCUUAUAU